AAGAGCGGCGGGAAUCUAUCAGCCAUCUUAGACCACCUUCAACGCGGAUACGACAAAAGACUGAGGCCCAACUAUGGAGGCGCCGCCGUCGAAGUGGGGAUCACCAUGCACCUUGUCAGUAUUUCAUCUCUGUCCGAAGUCCGAAUGGACUUCACAAGCGACUUCUUUUUCCGUCAAUUUUGGCAAGACCCGCGGCUGGCGUUCGAGGCGCAGGACGGCCUGGUCACGCUCAACAUUGGCUCAGAGUACCUGAAAAACCUGUGGGUGCCCGACACCUACUUCCCCAACGAGAAGACCAGCUACUAUCACCUGGCCACCACUUCCAACGAGUUCCUGCGCAUCAAACCAGCCGGAGAUAUCCUGCGCAGCAUACGGCUGACCAUCACGGCCUCGUGUCCGAUGAAUCUCAUGUUCUUCCCCAUGGAUCGACAGCUGUGCGAACUGCAAAUAGAGUCGUUCGGGUACGCCACUGGCGAUAUCCGAUAUAUAUGGAAGGGCGAGGAGCCCAUAAAGAUAGACGAUGAUGUGAAAUUGCCCCAGUUUAUUGUCAUGGGCCACAAAACGCACAGCAUUCUCUUCACAACGUCGACAGGAAACUACUCCCGUCUGGCGUUGGAAAUCCAGUUUGAGCGCUCCAUGGGCUACUACCUGAUACAGAUGUACGUGCCGUCGAGUCUCAUCGUCAUCAUAUCAUGGGUGAGCUUCUGGCUGAACCGCAACGCCACGCCUGCCCGAGUGUCUUUGGGAGUAACAACCGUGCUCACCAUGACCACCCUCAUGUCGUCCACAAACGCUGCCCUGCCCAAGAUCUCCUACAUCAAGGCCAUUGACGUCUACAUGGGAACCUGUUUCGUCAUGGUGUUUGCAUCUCUCUUAGAGUACGCCUACGUGGGCUACAUUGCCAAGAGGAUCGGCAUGCGGCGCACGCGACUGAUGGCCAUCCAGAAAAUGGCCAUCGAGAAGAUGCAGCGGGACGUUCGUGACCACACAGCCAUGGUCAUGGCCGACGAGCACACGUCCAAAUCUGCUAUGAGCACAUUGCGGCGGGGCCACUCGGGUCACGGCGCCCACCACGGCGGCCACGGCACUCACUCGUACCAAUGCGGCCCGCAGCCCUGCGCCGACCAUCGAGAGGCGCAUACCUGCGAGGUGAGGUUCAAGGUCCACGAUCCGAAGGCCCACUCGAAGGGCUGCAUUCUGGAGAACACCAUAAACGGCGGCAGGCAUGACGAGGAGUCGGCCAACAUGGCGUCGCUGUUGAAGAGCAAGAAAGUCAACAAGCUGUUGGGCUGCAGUCCCUCGGAUGUGGACAAAUACUCGAGGAUCGUGUUCCCCGUGACGUUCAUCUGCUUCAACCUCAUGUACUGGAUCAUCUACCUGCACGUCAGCGACAAGGUGGCUGAGGGCCUGGUGCCGUUUGUGAAGAAGUAGGUACACCGUAGCGCCGGUCCCCCGCCGCCGCCGCUCACCAUCCGCGGCCGGGCCGGCGUCGGCAGCGCGGCGUUUUUAUAAGUAUUUUUGUAUGGAGCCACUGUAUUCGGCGCGUGUUGAGUAUACAGAGGCGAUGGUGUGGCAGCAGCACCAGACCCCUGGGUGGAGCGGUGGCAGACAUUUCGGCACAGCCUCGGUUAGUGGGGUAGGCUGGAGGGGAUGUCUGAAAGGAUGGUGACCCUUUGAUGGGGUAUCUGGGGGUCUAACGGGGUAGUGAUACUGGGGUCCCGUUUUACCGGUAUGGUGGGGGGGGGACGGGUCGUGAUAUGAACUUUCCCCGCUGGAAUAGGACAAAUGGGACAUGGAGCACCGUGUAAUUAUACGUUAGCAGUGUUUGAUGAAUGUCAUGGCUCGGGGAACGGCGCUGACAGGCGAUAUUUCACUGCAACCGGGGCAUAACAAGGCACAUGGUUCACAACAUGCAACCUGUUCAUUAAUUGUUCAACGUUCAUGCAUUCAAAUUUUCGUUUUAUUCGUUCUGUUCUUGGCGGCGGUGUUCUAUAGAACAACUAACUGUUCAUUUGAGGCCAGUUUAACUUAGGAAAUAUCGCCAGCUGUGUUUUUUCAGGCUAAUGAAACAAUACACUUUCAGACACUUUCUAACAGGUAUAACAAUGCAGUUAAGGUUCCCUUUGGGAUGGGAAGCAUCAUCAUCCCACUCACUCGCUUGUUCUAAAGGGCUCGCAGUGAACGUGGGAGCACUGCUACAUAAAAUGGAACAGGCAGUCGAAGAUAUGGGAGUGGGGAGUGGGGAGGGUAUGCACCUGUGGGGGAGGGGACACAUGUGAGGGGAGCACCUGAGGGGGUGGGUGGUCUGCAUCAAACAGGCGAGCGUACACAAUCGUCUCGCCGAAGGACUGAUGAAAUCACGAUGGACUGGAGUGGUGACUGAGUCUCACCGCUGCGUGAAACUGUAGAGCGCUGUGUGCACCAUCGCUGCUAUUACUGCAUCCAAUGUCGCCGACGCCUUGCGACUGCUCCUCGGGUUCCAGCGCCGAACUCUGCUCAACCGAGCCGGACAAUCCUAGUGGCGCGGCGCUCACCUGCGCGAGUGGGGCGGCCCGCGCGGCGGCCGCCCGGACUAGCCCGGCGUCACGCCAUCCUUCUUUUCUAACAUACCUACUUACCUUCGUGCGAACUCGGCCCCGCGAACUGUGUACAUUGUGAGAUCACCGGUGUACGCUCUGCAUUUGCGUGACCCUCGGCACCAGCGCUGCGACCAUGUCACUGUCAGGCCCACUCCCCGAAAUGGAUGAGUCCAUUCACGAAUUUGCUCAAAGAAAGGUGGUGUGGGGUCUGAGAUGCGAGAGCCGUUUAGCGGUUGGAGUGCUCGCUGCAUAGGCGACGGUUUGUGCCAGCAAUAAGAUGGCCCCUUACCCUAUUCUCACUCACCUCGUUCUCAGUUUGUGUUGGGUGCCGUUUCGCUGUCGGGCAAUGCUGAGCUGCUAAGCGCGCUGAGAGUGAUAUAUCUGUUUUUCAUACUGCAGCUGUCUCGGAUCUGUAGGCAGACGCUGGUGGCACAGCACAGCUUAUAAGGCCGCUGACUGGCUGCCGGAGGUGUAUUGUGUGAACGGGUCUGGCUGGGGCGUGCGAGAGAAUCACUGACUUUGGUACGAGCUUGGCGCUAGAUACAGUUAGAACUGCCUGCUUAGCGUGCACCAAAGGAGUGGAAAAGUUGCAGAGCAUGCACUAUAUGCAAAUGGCUUCAACAUGCUGCAUUUGCUGCUAUCGAGGCGUUGAAUAAAUUAGAGAUAAGACAUAUGGGAAACUGUGUUUUAUUUCUGGUUUGUCUGGUUUUUAUUUGCAUGUAUUUGGACAAGCUGGAGAUAAGUAUGAACAAAUGGCCCGGUCGAUCAGUUUCUCGCAAUACACUAAUACCCACCAAC